AUGGCGCUCAAGACACUCUCGGCAAAGGCCGCGGCGGCGUUGGACAAAGAGUUGAUGAGCACCGGCGCGUUCUCCAUCGAUCAGCUCAUGGAACUCGCCGGCUUGUCCGUCUCUCAGGCAGUUUAUCGUGUCCAUCCUAUCGAAAAGGGGAAGCGGGUUUUGGUAGCCGUCGGGCCUGGCAAUAAUGGGGGUGACGGCUUGGUCGCGGCCCGCCAUCUCCGCCACUACGGCUACCAGCCAAGCGUAUACUAUCCAAAACGACCGAAGAACGACUUGUAUCAGCGACUUGCCAAACAACUUGAGGAUCUAAACAUUCCAUUCGUGGAUGACUUCCCGACCGCCCUUCAGUCAACAGACCACAUCGUUGAUGCGAUAUUUGGAUUUAGCUUCUCAGGCGAAGUCCGGGAACCAUUUCCAGCCGUCAUCCAGGCCAUGUCGGAAACCAAGCUGACAGUGACGUCGGUCGACGCGCCAUCAUCCUGGGAUAUUGAGGACGGACCUCCUAAAUCUGGUGUCGGCAGUGACUUCCACCCUAGUGUUUUGGUUAGCCUGACGGCACCGAAACCGCUCGUUAAACACUUCCGGGGACGCCAUUUCGUUGGAGGGCGAUUUGUCGCGCCAGAGAUUGCUAGGAAGUAUGACUUUGAAGUCCCGGAGUACGAGGGGAUCGACCAGGUUGUUGAGAUUGGGCCUGGCGGGCAGAAGCUCUGA